ACCUGACGAAAACACGGCCUCUUUAUAAAAGUUGACAAGUAUCUGCCAACGCCUUCACUUUGGAACUUUAAUUGGCAGAGUGUGCACUACUAACACGGGCUACUGCUGAACCAUGGGAUACGAACUGGAUAUGAUCAACAGAGACCCGAAUGGGCUGAAUGACCAUGUCAGGGUUCUGUUCGAUGAAGUUCUUGGUGAACCAGAUGGCGCUCACUCCAUUAACUGUGUCUGGAAUUGCGCCUAUAAAUGUUUCAACUGCUGCAAAGGCUGCUGCUACAAGUUCUUGACAUUGCUGUGUGGCAUACCGCUAGCCAUCUGCUGGGGAUGUGAGUUCGCCUACAUCACUUUCUGGCAUGUCUGGUACGUGACCCCAUGCAUGAGAAUCUACAUGAUCAACUGCGGAUGUCUUCAGAAGUUCUACGGAACAUGCCUGCAGUGCUACUGCCAGCCUUUGUUUGAAGCCUACAGUUACUGCUUCAGUAAUAUAAGAGUGACAAAUUACUCGGGAUAAGCAAAGAGUUUCGUUGAGUCUCUGUACAUAUAUUCACUUGAGCAGCUGAUAAACAAGGACCAAUAAUCUAGAAUAACAUCAAAGAAUUUUUUCUUAAAAGGGUUAGACAUUUGUUGUUAGAAGUGGAGUGUCCACAACGGAAUAGGGAAACACACUGACUGAAAGAACAAUAUUCUAUUGUACUUACAAAUGUCUUGAAUAAUCACUAUUUCCUUUAUGUAGAAUGCACUCGAUAGAUUUAACAAUUGAUCUUAAUUCUACUGCCUGUGCUAGUGUCUUAUACAUUUUUGCUUUUUAAAAAUAAUUUGAUAUGUGGUUUACAUACUCUUGUUUUAUAUUUCAACAAUAAAAAAAAUUCUAUUUGACAUAAUGCGAACAAAACGAGAUAAUUUAUGACAACUUACUCAAAGAAAUUUGUUUCUAUAAAAAUAUAAACGACAAAUGCAUAUCUGUGAUAUUAAACUUAUAUUUACCAUGA